CGGAGAACCCACCGCCACCGCCGCCGUUGGAGUUGUUGCGAGACCGUAUUAACCAAGAAGAUGAGUACCCCCCGGUCGUCAUUGGGGAAUUUUACGACCAUCGAGGAAGUAGUUGUGGGAUUGAAGACUCUACUUAUUCGGGAUUCACUGGUGCGCUUUUCAACGAACUCUCCUACCGCACGCCGAAAAACAACAAAACAGUACGGAAGGUGUGCGACAAGCCACCGUCACCGCCCCAAUCGCUGAAGAUCAUGUCGCAGCGAAAGGCGAAACAGACAGUAUAGAUAGAUACUGAGUAUGUUCUGAUAUCUCUGCCUUUUUCUCUCUGGUCCUAGUACAAGCGCAUAGCAAGUAGGUUCAGAGUUGUCGCUUUCGCAUGAUAGUAGAGUACGCAAUUCUAGUCCUUUGUUCCACAGGCCGCCCGCCUCGCUGCUGGGGCUACAGGGACGUCUUUGACCUCGGCGCUGAAGCAAUCUGCAGAACAAAACGACGCGGACACGUCGGCCCUAUACAACAGUUUCGAUCCUCUCACCCAAUUUUCUUCCACCAAUG